GAUUACCACGACUGAACUUCUGCUAAUAGCGUCACGUCGGUGUAACUUACACAUCCAAAUGAAGAGUUUGUCACUGUGGAUGUGUGGGCUGCUGUUCAUCAGCCUCACCGGAGCACAUGGACUCGACCACUUUCCAGAAAAUUUUGUGGUGGCAAAAAGGAAUGAUGCAAAUCCAGUCACACUGACCUGCCAUACAACAACUGACGAAGCUGUCACAUGGAAGUUUCAUGGUGAAGAGACAGAGAGAGAUGUCGAAUUGGAGGACAAUGUCCAGCAGAACGGUCAAAAUCUGUCCGUGUCAGAGGUAGAUACACCCAUGUUGGGAAACUACAGCUGCUGGAGAGAACAAGAAAUGUUGUCAUCAACUUAUCUGCUGCUGGAGCCUGAGGAGGAAGACGAGUUGGAUAAUCUCUCUUUCAGAUGUUGGGCAAAGUCUUAUGACUGUAACUUCAGUUGUGAAUGGACCCACAAUGAACAAACAGCUGUGCGCCUUGGACUGGGCCAUGACUGCAGUGAACGUAGGAAGUCGUGUCAUUGGGUCAGCAGUGAUCGGCUGGUAGAUGGGAGAUUCCAGUUUGAGCUGUCCCACUCCCUCUCACCUUACGCUGAGGAAAGCACCAUGCUCGAACUCACUGCUGAGGCCAUCGUUAAUCUCUCCAUCCUCAGGAGAACCAAGAGAUUUUAUCUCAGAAACAUCGUUCAACCCGAUAGUCCCCAAAUUGUCAAGUGUCAGGAAGGAAAAGAGAACCUGAAUGUGAUUAUUGAUGCACCAUCUAGCUGGUCAACUCCUCACAGCUUCUUCAAUCUGGAGCACGAGAUUGAAUAUGUGUUCAAAGAUGAUGGCAAGACUGGACGUUCUUCAUCUGAUCGGAUACCGAAGGGGAUCAGCAAGCUGAGGGUUCGCUCCAGAGACUCGCUGGUGCCCUCAGCCUGGAGCCAGUGGACUCCCUGGAAAAAUGUGAUAACAGGGAAAAAGAAGCUAUGCAAAUGCAAAAACCCAGCAAAAUCUUGCUGCCCAGAGUUGCCAUCUGGGUUCUUGGACAAUUGCAAGAAGAGAAUGAAGAAAAAAAAGAACAUACAUACUAAGCAGAGCCAGACAUCUUAAAAAGAAAAUGCUUAAUAAAAACAUGCUAUGCAACUGGGAUCGUGCUGGUGUACAAACACCUUUUAUUUAAAAACAGUGGGAAAAUAUUUGGAUGUAUUUAUAUGAAGUAAUUAAAAUUGCAUUUGCCAAGUGCAUGAACAAAGAGUCAACAUUGGAGAUGGUGUAGAGGACACACAUAUACUCUUGCAAUAAAUCUAUACCUUCAUGAAAGUAAUAUUGUUCAGUUUUUGUUAAAACUGUCUGUAUUUUAUUUAAUUACUAUAAUUAUGCAUUCCAUUCAUGGAGGAUGAAUUUAUGGUUGUCAUUAUUAUAUGUUUAGCAGCUGGAAAACUGAAAUGUAGUGGGAACGUUGUAGUUGAGUUUGUUUUUUCAUAGUGCAUUUCAUUAAUCUGUGAGUUUACUGGUUUGUAACAAAUAAAUUGUUGUCUUAA